AUGCCGCCGCCGAAUACACCUGAAGAAGGAGUAGCAGCUCCUACGACCUCUACGCGAACUGAGGCACGCCGGAUGCUCGGCUCCGGGGUCCCCUCUACAAUUUACGAUUCUCCUGCCUCUUCCUCGGACGGCUCCAGACGCAGCUCACUUGCCGAUUACGACCCGUAUCAAGUCCCUUUACGAAGUCAUACGCAAGCUCAUAUUGAAAAUGGGAUCGACUACCAGGCGCUCGACUAUGCCCAACAGGUUGACGAGGCUUUGUUAUGUCCCAUCUGCCACACGCCCUUCUUCAUGCCUAUGACCACCAAGACGUGCGGCCACACCUUUUGCGCCUCGUGCCUCGACCGCGCUCUCGAGACCCAGCACGCAUGCCCCAUUGAUCGUCGACCCCUCGAUAUCAGCCGAGACAUCAGCCAAACCCGAACCCGCGUGAUACUCGACCAGCUCGACCGUCUCAAAGUCAAGUGCCCAAACACCGGCUGCGAUCACGUCUGCUCACGGGAGCUCCUAGACGGCCACGUUGAACGUUAUUGCGAAUAUACCCUUGUCAGCUGCCCCGACCCUGAUUGCGACGAGACGAUCUGGAGGAAAGAUGCACGCCCCGAGAAUGGGUGUCUCCAUCACGUUACGCUGUGUCCCUACUGCGAGAUGGCCCUCACUUUCAACGACCUCGAGAGGCACUACGACCAAGAGUGUAAGGGACAAGAAGCGGAGUGCCCACACUGCGACGCCGUCGUCGUCCGUCACCGUCUGGCUAAACACAUUGCUACGGACUGUCGGGAGGUUGAGACACACUGCAAGUUCCAAAGCGCUGGGUGCAAACAGUUUGCGCGGAGGAAAAAUAUCGAAGAACACCAGAAGGACGGGUGCGUCUAUGAGGCGAUUGCGAAGCUCAUGCAGGCGCGCGAGGAAGACCACAAGAUUAUCAAUGAGUUGAAGGGACGACUAGACGCUCUAGACGGACGGACACGGCACCUGGAAAGAUACGGUGGUGGCGGUGGUGGUAAUGGCAGCAGCAGUGGUGUACGGGAGUCAUCUGCAUUCACCAGAGCAACAGCAGCACCACCAGUAUCAGGCCUAACUGCCCAUGCCCUCAACAACUUGAACCGUAUGCAGCCGCCUACAUCAGGUUAUACAGACCUCAUGGAAGCCAACCAGAAUAUCACUCUGGACGACCUCUUCGAGACGUUUGAGAAUGAAAACAACCAACACAAUGACAGCAACUACAGCAGCCCACGAGAAGCAGCAGCAGCAAUGGCGACAGAUGCAUCGCCCAUUCCCGUGGCAUACAACAGUGUUAGCGGGCCUUGGGAGUCAGCAGAGGAUUACAUGCUCGCCCAGUUUGAAGCAAUGGAGGCCAAAAUCGAAGACCUGCGGAAGAUGAUGGUGGAGCUUGACGGAAGACACACCAUGAGGCUGGUCAACGACACAAUGCGGAUGAACGAGCAGAUCGCCGAGCUUGGGAGCAAAGUAGGAGUAUUAGGGAUGCAUACCACCUGGUUGAUGAGUAUGCAGAGGCAAAGUCGGGGACAGCAGAGUGGUGCUGGGUCAACGACUGGCAAUGCAAGAUCCAAUAUGUCUACUACUGGUGGUAGUGGUGGUGGUGGUGGUGGUGGGAGUGGCAGUACUGCUGGUAACAAUGAGGAGGGUAGAGGCAGGACAACUACGACAACGACUGGUGCUUCUGGCUCGUCAAGGACGGCGACACAGACUUCACAGCAGGAUAAUAGGAAUCGGGCGGAUGGAGAGGGUGCGAGAGGCAGGUAUCUCAAUACUAGUGAUAUCCCGCCGGUGAGGAGGAGUAGCGUGGGGAGAGGUGAGAAUCCACCGCGACUAUGA